UGUCGGUUUAAACUAAUUUUAUAGAGCACACAAUUUGAAACUAUUGUAUAUUUUUCUACAUUGAGAAAACAACUAUGUCUCAAAAGUGGUUCAGCAUAUCGAUAAUUGUACUUAUUAUAGUAAUUUGUACGUUUAUGUCAAGUGUAAAACAGACGUUCGGAGUGGGCUGUUUGAGAAGGACAGGCAAAGAAAAAGGCCCGGCUGUGUUCGACGACGACGAUUACAUUGACUUCAAAGAAUUGCGUACGAUGGUCGAAAAAUACAAUAAACUCUACAAAGACAAACUGGGAAAGACAAAAAGUAAAAUUAACUUGACGUUACUUGGUGUUGAGGAGAGUAAAAGAAAACACAUACAAUGCACUAAUUGCGUUAUACUUAGAUAUUACUUGAAACAAUUGAAAUGGAUUGUCGAAAAGCUAAUCCGAGGCAAUCAAACAGAUUCGCAACAAUUCAGCAGAGAUUUGAAUAGUAUGAAAAACCACGUGACGCAGAUGUUGUCUCUGCUGUAUGCGUUAAAUUCCAGCGAUAUCCAACAUUGGCUGUAUACGUUUUUCUUUAAGAUUUCGGCCGUCCAAUCGUGGAAUGAAACAAAACAGAUGGUAAUCGACAAUUUUGAAAGUUACACGGCUCUGGAUACGGUGCUAUCGAAGUUCAUAACUUUGUGUUUGGACAAAUCUUACCUACCGGUGGACGCACCGUUCAAUUACAACAUGUCCUUUACCAAGAGCAACAGCUACACCAUCCGAGAAACCGUGUUCAGGCCUUUGUACGACAACUGUGUGUUCUACAAGAAGUCCAAGUACCAUUCUUGGUUUACCGAGGAUAACAUGUACUUGACCGGUUUGUGGGGAAAAGAACACGGGUUGCUUGUUGGAAACGUACCCGGAAUCUGUAUAGACUGGCAACCCGUACAAGCUAGGUUGGCUGAGCGCAGGGCGAUGAUAGAGGAAUUUUACACCGAAAAGCUGUGGGUACACGACCCUUACCGGUGUGUGGGCUAUCACAGUUUGAUAGUGGAACUGAUCGACGUCAGAUUGUACUCGUACGUUUGUGUCCAUUUGCAGGUUUACAUAAAUGGAUACCAGGCCGGUGCAGGUCUGAACAAUUACUGGCGGUACAACAUUGAGUUCCACUUCCAACUAACGACCGCCUUUGAAUCUUUACAAAUCGGCGACGUCGCAGCCCAGAAAACGUUGGACAAAUUGUGCGGCAUCACGAAUCGCUACAGCCGUCACUAUGCCGACAAUUUGUUAACGGAUGUAGCACUGAAAAUACAUACGAUCCUCGGCAUAGUACCACCAACGAGCGGCUCCAUUGUGGAUAAUAUUUUGAGCAUAAAAGCUAAAGAUUCGUCCGUUGAGUUGCUGAAAGAAAACAUAGACGGAUUGAUCGAUUUUACAAAAACGUUCAACAACGAGAUUCAGCCGGUCGAUUGGAGUUUUGUCCUACUCUUCAUCGAGGCCAGCGCCCAGGACGAUGAUAAGUUUUUUGUCGAAUAACAUGUUCACCAACACCUAUCCGGUCCGUUAUUGGCUUAAUUUUUAGAGCAGGAGGAGUGUGAAAGAUUCUAGCACCCUUCUCCGUUUUAGUCUAUAUGACUGU